AGUACAUAUCUGCCUUUUGUUUAUCUGAUGUUAUCAUUGUCUUUGUUUUCUUGGGAAUACCGGUAUUCUAAAAGGCACAUUGGACUUUGGACUUUGGACAAAUACAAUCGAACAUAUGAAAAUAGAAAUUGAUUAUAACCAGGUUUUUACGAGAGUCGGUGUAAAUCGUUUAAUGUCUGGACUGCUUGAUAACCAAAAUGGCGACAGGAGGUGUUUCUGCAGAUACCUCGGACGAAAUAUUAGAUCAUGUUUGUUCGAUUUGUAAGGAGCAAAAUAAAAAUGUAAAUGCCGCGAAAUAUUGUGUGGACUGUCAUGAUUACUACUGCUCAGAUUGUGUUGAUAUUCACAAAACCGUUCCCGCACUUAAAGGACAUAAAAUACUGGAUAAAGAAGUCGGUCAGGAAGGAAACCUGCCAAUGGUACCUACGGAGCGGUGUGAGAGACAUAGCUUCAAGCCUGUUGAUAUGUAUUGUCAGAGUCAUCACAUUGUCGGAUGUGACACAUGUAUGACUGUCGAUCACAGGACCUGUCAAGAUGUAUUCUACGUACCGGAAGUUGUGAAAACAAGAAAAAAUGUUGUGCCAGAAUUUCUACAGCGUAUUACAAACGUUGAAACAAAAUUACAAGAUUUUCUUAAAUCCUUCAACAGAGAAUGUACUGAUCUACACGACAAUAAAUUGGAAGAAAUAGAAACAGUAAAAAGGUUUACAAAGAGUUUUGAAGAGAGGAUAAAGGAAGCAAAAAAGGAUGCGAUUGAUUUGAUAGAGAAAAGAUACACGGAAUUAAAUGAAGAGUUACAGAAGAACACCGACAAUGUACAAAAAGAAGUGAAAAAUGUUGGAUCAACGACGGCAGUCAUCGAUUCUGCUUUCCAAAACGAGUCGCAAGCUUUUGUUUCUAUGAUAUUCGGAGAAAAGAGCGUUUCGUCUGCUGAAAAACUGUGUAGAGACGCCGAGAUGAUCAAACUUGGCAAACGAGUUAAGUUCUUACUUAAUCAACAAUGUGAAUCGCUCUUGGCAAAAAAAAAAUUGCCUAGGAAAAAUGAGAUGUUUGCCUUUUAGUUUUGAGCGUAGUGGUGAAUUCAACAUCAAACUAAGUUCAGAUUCCUCGCCUUGUGUAAUAUAUGGUUCGUGUAUUCUUGCUGAUGGGUCUAUACUUUUCUCUGAUCGAGGUAACUCUACCUUAAAACUUUUUGAUGGUACUGCUUUGAAUGUUAUACACCAUUACAAACUGAGUUCGAAGCCAUGGGAAGUAUGUUGCAUGGAUAACAACGAAGCAGCUGUUUGUCUUCCAGAUGAGAAAAAAGUUCUUGUUGUGAAAGUUAACCGUGAGCUUUCUCCAGAGAGAUUUAUACCUGUGGAGUUCAGAUGUCAGGGAAUAUCAUUCCAUGACGAGAUAUUUUACAUAUCCGAUAGCACUUGCUUGUACAUAUGCACUAAAGAUGGCGCUAUAUUAAAAACUAUUAGCCGAGACUCGUCAGGGAAAUCAAUGUUUUCAUAUAUCUACAACGUUUCUGUGUGUAGGUAUAACAAACGUAUUUUUGUGAAUGAUAAAGAUAAGGGUGUCAUCAGUCUCGACAUGGAUGGAAAUAUUCAGCAUGUAGUUUCAAAUGAGAUAGAGUGGGCUCGUGGAUUAACAGAAGCAGAUAAUUGGAAAGUAUUAGCAUGUGGACAUUCAUCAAAGAACGUCAUUCUUCUGGACGAAAACGGUGAAUUUGAAAAAGAUGUCAUCAAAGACGGUUUAUCAGGACCAAUGGCUCUGUGUUUCAGUCGCAGCACUGGACGUUUAUAUGUUCCUAAUAUCCAUAUAGACACUGUGCAGUGUUUUGAGAUGGAGGAUAUAGAUUAAGGAAUGAGUUCUUACAUCCGACUUCCUGGAUUCCUUUCCAGCACAAAAAUUUACGUUUCUAUGGAUAAAUAAACAAGAGGGCCAAGAUGGCCCUAGGUCGCUCACCUGAGAAACACACAAUAACAGUGUAAACAUGUUUGACAUAGUGAUUUUAUAGAAACAAAUAUUCUGACCAGUUUUCAUUAAGAUUAGAUCAAAAAUGUGGUCUCUUAAGUGUAAACAAGCAUUUUCUUCAAUUUGACCUAGUGACCUAGUUUUUGAGCUAAGAUAACCUACAUUCGAAUUUUACCUAGAUUUGAUCAAGGCAAUCAUUCUGACUAAAUUUCAUCAACCUCAAUUGAAAAAUACAGCGUCUAUCGCAUACAAAACGAUUUUCUUUGAUAUAUCCUAGCGACCUAGUUUUUGACCCCAGAUAACCCAUAUUCAAAUUUGACCUUAAUUUUAUCAAAGCUAGCAUUCUGACCAAAUUUCAUAAAGAUUAAU